AAGAGGAAUUAACUCAAACGAGGAGGAUCUGUUGAAGAGAAGAGACCUUUUUGGAGCAAACACCUAUCCACGCAAGAAAAGAAAAGGCAUAUGGCGCUUUGUAUUUGAAGCUUGUCGGGAUUUGACUCUUGUGAUUCUAAUGGUAGCUGCUGCUAUAUCAUUAUCGCUGGGCAUGGCAACAGAGGGUGUAAAAGAUGGAUGGUAUGAUGGUGGAAGCAUAUUCUUUGCUGUUUUUCUUGUGAUAUUUGUAACAGCAACCAGUGAUUAUAGACAAUCUCUUCAGUUUCAACAUCUGAAUGCGGAGAAACAGAACAUACAAGUUGAGGUUAUCAGAGGUGGUAAAAGAAUAGGUGCUUCAAUAUUUGACCUUGUUGUUGGCGAUGUUGUUCCCCUCAAAAUCGGUGAUCAAGUUCCUGCAGAUGGUGUCCUGAUAUCUGGUCAUUCUCUUGCAAUAGAUGAAUCAAGUAUGACAGGAGAGUCCAAAAUUGUUCAUAAGGACCAAAAGGCACCUAUGUUGAUGUCUGGUUGCAAGGUUGCAGAUGGUUACGGUUCUAUGUUGGUAACAGGUGUGGGUACCAAUACUGAAUGGGGUAUGUUGAUGGCAAACCUUUCAGAAGAUAUUGGUGAAGAAACCCCAUUACAGGUGCGCUUGAAUGGUGUUGCUACUUUAAUUGGUGUCGUGGGUUUGUCAGUUGCUGGUGCUGUCCUUGUCGUGCUUUGGUUAAGAUAUUUUACUGGGCAUAGCAAUAAUCCAGAUGGAACUACCGAAUUUGUGGCUGGGACUACUGGUGCAAAACAGGGAUUUAUGGGGGCAAUUAGAAUUUUUACAAUGGCUUCCUUGAGAGGAUUAUAA